GUCCGUUCGAUCGAAUCCUCCUCGACGCUGCCUUAUCCAUUUCCUCCCCAUUUUCGUUGAGCCGAGAAAUGUGACCGCAAAUCCAAAUUUCCUUCAGGUCAAAGUGGAGAAGCUUUUUCUUCCGAUUCCGUUCUUCUUCUUCCUCUCCCUUCUCUUGUUGUUUCCUUUGGAUUGAAAGGCCAUCAUGGUUAAUAAGUUCUAACAAUUUUUGUUGUUGAAUCGGGCGAAGGAAAAUAAAUAAACGGAAUUCAGAAGUUUUAAGUUUUUUCCCCCUAAUACACACAAUUAAAGGUUGUUGUAAACUAGAAGGAUUUUUUUUUUUUUGGGUUUGAAUUUAGCUUAAUUUGGAGCGGAUUCGAUUAUUUUGAUUAAUUGGGUUUUGAAUUUGAGGAAGGCAAUUCUAGACGACGAAGAAUUUCCGGGUCGAUUGUGUUGUACCAGUAUGAGGGCGGCUUUUGUUGCGUGCCUUUGGGUGUGAAUUUUCUUGUCGUGAUUGUUGUUUGGCGGUGUCGUUUGAUUGUGGUUGGUGGAAUGAAACGACUCCAUUAGCGGCGGAGGGAUGGAUUGCAGGGUUGUAGCCGCCGCGAAUUUAUGGGGUCGUUUUGGCGUUGGUGGGAUGAGUCAGAUCGGAGGAGGGUUCAGCCAUGAGAGCGAACACGAUUUGGCGUUGAUGGUGAGUGAUUUCUUGGAGAAUGGUAGUAGUGGCGCCGAGUCUUGGUGUAGCAGUGACAGCGAUUCUGGCCUCUCUGAUUUCGCUCAACUUGCAGAAAAAAUUCAGAUCUGUAAGCUGUCAGCAGCUCAGCAUGAGAGUGAAUUGCUGUCGGUGGUUCAUUCUCUCAUAUUGUCAAUGAACGAGACCAACCUUCGAUCUAUCAAUUCUAGUCCAUGUUAUGCCAGCUGCAUCAGGUUCUAUCUAGUGAAGCUACUAAGGCUUUCUGGCUAUGAUGCCGGUGUUUGUGCAUCCAAAUGGCAGGCCAGUGGCAAGGUUCCUGGAGGUGACAAUGAAUACAUUGAUGUGGUAGAUGAUAGAUCUGGAACCUCUGAGCGUUUGAUUAUUGAUAUCGACUUCCGGAGCCACUUUGAAAUAGCUAGAGCUGUUUAUUCAUAUGAAAGGAUAUUAAAUUCACUUCCGGUUGUUUAUGUGGGUUCCUUCUCCAGACUGAAACAAUUUCUUGGAAUAAUGGUGGAUGCUGCUAGAUCUUCAUUGAAGCAGAAUUCUAUGCCUCUUCCACCUUGGAGAUCAUUAGCAUAUUUGCAAGCUAAGUGGGAAUCACCUUACCAAAGAUACAUACAUUUAGAAGGCGAUAGCACAAGAAAUGACAAUAAUGCCUUUAACCACAAGCAGUGCUACGUGCUUUUGAAGAAGCUGCAGUCUUCUCUUCAGUCCGAAAUGGAAUCAGAGCGAAUGUUGAAACCCAGAAACAAUGAAAAUAACUGGAGGAUGAUGAAGCCUGAAAAAUGGAGGCACUCCAAGUUUUGGCAUCUUUGAGAUGUACAGAUUUUGGCCUUCAAGUGAGAGAGAAAUUGAACAUUUUGCGGCUUUUUCUUCUUUUCCCCACGUUUUUUUCCUCGGAAACGAAAUAAGGGUGAUUCACAAACAACAGGUUUAUAUAGGCUUCUUAAGCAGCAAUAAGCCAUGCUAUGGCGAUAAUUUUUUUGGUUCUAUGCAUCACACUUGUCGAGUCCUUGAUUGUUUUAGUUUGGUGCCCCCGUAAAGGCCGGCUGUGGUGCUGGGUUUCUGGACCGCAGCUGAACCAAAAUGCGGUGUCCCAGGUGCAUCUGCAUUGUGCUUUCCUAGAGUUUGUAAUACUGCUAUUGUCCGAUUGAAUAUUCCUUGCCUUGUAUUUUGUGGUUCAAGGAAAUUUUUGUACUAUAUGUUAUCUUCAUAUAUUUCCAUUUACACUAUGAUUUACAGAGUCACAAGCAAUCUAUUUCUAUUGAUAA